CGACCGUGGCGUGGCUGGUGGCGGAGGAGGUGGGGCUGUCGCUGUAGCCGGAUCCAGAUCCGGAUUCGGAUUCUGUACUGAGUAGCCCAGUGGACAGGAGUCCAAAGGGUCGAGAGUGCAACGCCGGCGGCCGAGCCUCAGCGGGAGAGGAAUAGAAAAAUCGUGAAGGUGCUAAAAGCCCAAUGAUAACCCGUAUGGCAAUAAAGAAUCAAGAAUAAUGAUGAGAUUCAGUUUCAAACAACUGAGCAGUUGAGUGAAGCAGUGCUACAGGUCUUACUACAAAGAUGAAACCUGAUGAAACGCCUAUGUUCGAUCCAAAUCUGCUUAAAGAGGUGGACUGGAGCCAGAAUACAGCUACAUUUUCUCCAGCCAUUUCCCCAACACAUCCUGGAGAAGGUUUGGUUUUGAGGCCUCUUUGUACUGCCGACUUAAAUAGAGGUUUUUUAAAGGUGCUUGGUCAACUGACAGAAACUGGAGUUGUCAGCCCUGAACAAUUUAUAAAAUCUUUUGAGCACAUGAAGAAAUCUGGAGAUUACUAUGUUACAGUUGUGGAAGAUGUGACUUUAGGACGGAUUGUUGCUACAGCAACUCUAAUAAUAGAACAUAAAUUUAUCCAUUCCUGUGCUAAGAGAGGAAGAGUAGAAGAUGUUGUUGUUAGUGAUGAAUGGAGAGGAAAGCAGCUUGGCAAACUGUUAUUAUCAACCCUUACGUUGCUAAGCAAGAAACUGAACUGUUAUAAGAUUACCCUUGAAUGUCUGCCACAAAAUGUUGCUUUCUAUAAAAAGUUUGGAUAUACUGUAUCUGAAGAGAACUACAUGUGUAGGAGGUUUUAAAGUAAAAGUCCUUUAAGACAUUUGUCAAAGGAGUUGAUAUAACUCUUUCUAGAGUCAAAACACUUUGUUGCUAUAUUCUAGUGACUGUCAUAGGUACUGGACUGAGAAAACAUUGUAAUACAACAGGAAUAAUGACAUUCAGAAGACUCCUUUCGGUUGGUGGGACAUACUAUGUUGCAAGUUUAGAUUAAAGUGAUUAUUGUAAUGAGGAUGAUUUUUAACCAAAGGAAUAUAUUUUUAACUUGAA